GGAAGCUGCAGGUUCUGGGCUGCAGGACAAAACCCCAAUCAAAUAAAUCCAGUUCCCCAUCGCGUUUGAGUUGCCGAACUGGGAAGGAUGGGGCGGGGAGGGGAGCGCAGGGGCACAGCGGAGCCUGAAUGGGGUUCUCAUUGAGCGGAAGAAAAUCGUGGAGGAUAUUUGUGUUUUGGUUCGGAGCUGUCGCAUUGAGAUCGCCAGUGUUUUUUUCAGGUCGUGGGAGAACCUCUCUUCUUCCCCUUAGUGGAAAUACCCAUAAAACCUGUGUUUGAAACUAUUGCUCGACCCAAAUCAGCAAAAAGAGACCCGUAAUGCCAGGAAUGGUCAGUAAAAACCCAGACCUCGAGUUUGACUCUUUGCAGCCUUGUUUCUACCCGGACGAAGAUGAUUUUUAUUUGUGCGGGCCGGACUCCGCUCCCCCCGGCGAGGACAUCUGGAAAAAGUUUGAGCUGCUGCCCACCCCUCCCCUGUCUCCCAGCCGGGCCGGGCUGCAGGAGCACCCUCCGGGCGGGGGCCCGGUGCCGUGGGCAGGGGCGGCUCUCUGGGGCUGCCGCCCCACCGACCCCGUGGACUGGGCAUCGGAGCUGCUCCUGCUGCCCCCCGAGGCCGACCUGUGGGGCGGCGUGGACGGAGGAGACUUCUUCGAGACGGGCCCCGGCGUGGCGAACAAUCUCAACUCCAUCAUCAUCCAGGACUGCAUGUGGAGCGGCUUCUCCGCGCGGGAGAAGCUGGAGCGGGCGGUGAGCGAGAAGCUGCAGAAGCCCAAAAUGCCGCCAACGUGCUCUGUGCGUGCACAGAGAAGUCCACUUGGGCUGAACCGCGGUUUGCCGUGUGUAAAUGAGCUGGUCCCAAUGACCACAGCCACAAACUUGGAUGAAGAUGAGGAGGAAGAGGAUGAAGAAGAAGAAAUAGAUGUUGUUACAGUGGAGAAAAGACGCUCCUCUACCAAGUCUGUUACCACCCUUACUAUUACAGUGCGUCCUAAAAAUACCACUUUUUCAUCAGUCAGGACACAGCAGAAUGGACUGAUAUUAAAACGUUGUGCCCCAAUUCACCAGCAGCAUAAUUAUGCUGCUCCUUCUCCAUUUGUGGAGACUGAAGAGGCUCCACCACAGAAGAAGUUAAAAAUCGAGGUGCCCCGUCCAGUAAAACCCACGAUCCAACCAAAGCCCAAGAGUUCAAGUCCUCGAAACUCUGAUUCAGAGGACAGUGAACGUAGACGCAACCAUAAUAUCCUGGAGCGUCAGCGACGUAAUGAUCUACGGUCAAGUUUCCUUACGCUAAGGGACCAUGUUCCAGAACUGGUUCAAAAUGACAAAGCUGCAAAAGUUGUGAUCUUGAAAAAAGCCACUGAAUAUGUUCAUUCUCUUCAGGCAGAGGAGCAGAAGUUACUGCUAGAAAAGGAAAAAUUGAAAGCCAGACAAGAACAAUUACUAAAGAAAAUAGAUUACAAGCGGACUUGCUAAACUUUUGUUUUGUUUUGUUUGUUGGUUUUGGUUUUUUUUUUUGGCUGAUCAGGACAGUCAUUGCCACUUUGCACAUUUUUGAUUCUUUAUAAAAAAUUGUGUUUUUUGACGUUAAGAAUGUUGGUUUUAAUUUCAAUCCAGUCCCUGAAGUAAUCGACAGACUAUAUUAUCCGGGUACGGAGCAAAUGGAUGUUCUUGCAAGGAGUUUAUUGCAAGACUACCAAACAACAAUGGACUGCCUUUCUUUUUUCCCUCUUAAGAACUGUAGAUGGUGGGGAUUUUUUUUUUUUUUAAGUGUUGUGAGCAUUUGGAGCUGCUGAUGACAUCUAGUUGAGUUUUAAAAUGUUCAUUCCUAAGUUUUAUGGUGCUUAUGUUCUAACAGAUGUUACUUUAGGGGUUGGCAUUUUGUACCCCUGUGGGAAUUUCUGUAAAUACCAUCUACACACUUGCCUUUUGUACAUGUCUUGGGUUAUGAGAGGUGGCUUUUGCUGCCAGUAUUAGACUGGAAGUUCAUACCUAAGUACUGUAAUACCUCAAUGUUUGAGGAGCAUGUUUUUGUAUACAAAUAUAUUGUUAAUCUCUGUUAUGUACUGUACUAAUUCUUACAUUGCCUGUAUACUUUAGUAUGAUGCUGAUACAUAACUAAAUUUGAUACUUAUAUUUUCGUAUGAAAAUGAGUUGUGAAAGUUUUGAGUAGAUAUUACUUUAUCACUUUUUUGAACUAAGAAACUUUUGUAAAGAAAUUUACUAUAUAUGCCUUUUCCUAGCCUGUUUCUUCCAGUUAAUGUAUUUGUUAAUGUUUGGUGCAUAGAACUGGGUAACUGCAAAGUUCUGUGUUUAAUUUCUUCCAAUGAUGUACAUUUAGUGCUGCGUCUUAUAGCACUUUGAAAUACCUCAUGUUUAUGAAAAUAAAUAGCAA